AUGAGUAUGGACGCUGGCGGUCUUGCUCAGAUGACCUACAAUUCAUCUUUCAAUAAUGGCCCGUCCCUAGGUGCUCCCGGAUCCAGCUUUGGGUCUCGGAGGAAAGGCCCCAACGUCAAGCGCUUGAGUGUGCCGCCACCGCAUAUCUCAACUAUUGAUGAAUCGCAGCCUUCUGCGACAGUUGCUACCCCACGGACCAGUCGCUCGCACCUUUUGGCCGGCCUGAGAACUGCUCCUAAGUCAGCUACCGUUCCCUCUAACAACCAGCGCCGGCAGCACCUCGGUCUGGAGGGAGAUCGGUAUGGCAACCUCUCCAAUCGUACUGCUGAGCGCAACGUCCCACAAACCGCAACGGGAACUGGAUUCCCACGACACUCCUUGACGAAUAACCAGGGUCACGACACGAAUACUGGUCGCCCUAUGUAUACCUUGCCGGAGCAGGUCCUCGCACCUCCGGCUAUUGAUUUUCCUACUGACAUAACCAUGGACGAUAAUCUCUAUGCGGAGUUGAUGUCGACGAACUUGUUUCUUGCCGCUCAGCAGCAGCGCUUGCAACAGCAACUGAUGAGUGUCACCGCUGCUGCCCAACAAUUUCAAGGUCUGAGCUUGGGUGCGAAUCUUGCUCAGCAGCAGCAGCAGGAUUUUGGCCCACUCCCAGUCCCGAAUAUGGGUUUCUAUCAGCAGCAGCUCCAGCAGGGCGUGCAGCCAGUGGUUCAGCCUGUUGCUGGUCAGCCGGGGUUGUUCUCGGUCUACAAUCCUUUAACUGGCCAGUUGAAUUACAUUUAUGACAACAACACGCAACAGGAUUUGUCGCCGCCGUACCAGUCGGAAGAGGAGGUUCAGUCUCCACCCUUGCAUGUCCCGCCUUUCCGGGCUGAGGUCUCUCCGCCUCUUGAGUCAGUCAAGUCGCCCGUGAAUGUAUCGGAAGAAGCAUCUUCCAACGGUACGCCGUCUUUCGAAGAUGGCAUUGCACCGCUUCCUCCUCCUUCCGCGAAUGCCUUCCGCAGAGCCCACAAGAAACAUACAUCUUUUGGUCCAGGACCCAAGACUGGAAUUGACGUCAAUAAAGCUAACAAUACUUCCCAUGUCACCGGCCCCAGAACUGCUCCCGUCGCCACCCCAGCCACUGGAACCUUCGGGCCAGGUCAGGGCCGUGCAGGAGAGCAUCCCAUCCGCCAGCCGCGUGGCCCGCCGUCGCUGGAAGAACUCGUUGCCAAACCAACCUCAAGGCACGAAGGAAGCAAAAAUUUUGCUACCCGCCAGCGUCGCCGCGCCGUUCACAACUUGGUCCGUGCCGGCAUUGAACGUCGUGGGGACUCUCGAAGCCCAGGACACAGCAGUGGUGGCACCAACACUCCUGCAAGUGAAAAAGAGUUUACCUUCUCUGACAAUGAUGAUGCCACAGUUCGCAGUGGCAGUCUUUCGAGCAAACCCAGCCUAGGCAGCCUGCGUGCUGUUGCCAAUGGUGCUAUUGGCUCUGAGAGGAAGGAGAGAUCCUCCCGCGAGCGCAAAUCACAAGACAGCCCGUUUAGCACAACCCCCCUCAGUGAAAAAGACGGGUAUUUUGCAGGCAAAUUCGCGGACCACCCUUCUCCUCAAGGCGGAUCCCCAUCUGUAGCUGCUGUCGUCGCUGGCCAGAAGACGGCAGCUCAGGGUACGGAGAGACGCAAGACGCCCAUGCUUGUGCUGUCAAGCGCCGAAAAGCGCAAGACUCCAAUCAUGUGA